CUGGUCAAAAUUUCUGUGACAAGCCUUGUUGGUCCUAACACAACCAUAAGCAAACGCAUCAUGAUCARAGCUAAUAAACAGUGCGUCAUCUAUGACGUCGCACUCCAAGGCGUGUCAGAUAACAAACUUUCAGCACCUGCCAUUCUCCCUCAGAACGAGUAUUCAUUGUCACCGUCUUUGAAGGUGCAUUGUGAGUCCGCUAUGGUGUUCAAAUGGGUAAUUAUSAGUGUUCAUAACGAAACGUUCUCAAGUAUAUACGAUGUAUCUARCGAWGUCGCUCUUGAUGGAAGGGAGCUAGGGCUUCCACCUUACACCUUAGUCCCAGGGUUAUACAAAGUACUACUAACAGUAAGCUCGCUUCAACAUAACGCCUCUAAAKCAGGRCAUGGAUUUCUUAGAGUGCGUGACACAAGUCUCGUGGCUUUGAUCGAAUGUGGCAGCGUCCAAACAGUGUCACGUGACCAGGACGUCAUCUUAAAUGCUUCGCUGUCAUACGAUCCAGCCAAUCCGAAGGCAGGUAGUCAAAACUUGGGAUUCCACUGGUUUUGUCGAGAAAUAAAUGRUUCAUGGUUUGRUAACGKYACAAGAAACGCCGCGGUUCUCCGCUUACCAAGACAAUUGCUUAAGRAUGGACGCUACARUUUUGUUGUAGAAGUGAAAACACUUGAUGGCCGCAAGAAAUCAACUACAAGUCAAACGAUAAAAGUCGUUAGCUAUGAAGUACCAGAACUUUGUAUUAGAUGUGUCGACAACUGUGGACCAAGAGUUCUUCUAUUCAAGCCUGUCAUACUUUCCAUUAAAAGAAGUAAAAACACCAGCGUCGACUACAAGUGGAGGAUAUCUGAACCACAUCACCACCACGUGACUAAGAGAGCAAUCUCCAAACAACCUCUGAGACAAUUUGUAAUCACACACACGGAUCUUCAGCCCAACAAAUCUUAUACAGUUAGUGUAGAAGUGACAAUCAAGAAUACUUUGAUAAAGUCUGAAUACGUUUUACGAACUGACGACCUGCCAGUUGGUGGACGUUGCAAAAUACACCCCGAAACAGGAAAGACAAUCGAAACACCCUUCCAAGUUACAUGUUCGCAUUGGGAAGACAAGGACAGACCACUGUGGUACGAGUUCUACUACAAUGACACGAAUGCUGGAUGGAUGUUAAUGUCAUAUGGAUGGUCGUCACAAUCUCCAUUGCUGUACCUCCCUCCAGGAAACCCUGAGAACAACAAUAUGAUUAAUAUAAAAGUGGAUAUUGUCGACAUGUUAGGAUCACGACGAAACGUUUCCUUGGAGGUGCAGGUGAUGGGAUUUGAUGAGUCUGAUGGCCCUGUAAGUGGAAUACUUAAUGGUUAUGUUCAAGGUCCUUCCAGUAAACUUGGUAAAAUGUUGGUURGCGGAGAACAACAACAGGCAUUCCAGCUAAUGACAACAAUUUCAACUGUACUGAACCAGGAUUCAUCUGCGGGUAAUCCCGCGGGUCAUUCUCAGAGAGAACAGGUUCGCUUGGUAAUGACGAAAGAGUUCUCCAGCGGCUGCUGUUCAAGUUUACCAAGUUUGAGGCAGAUUCUAGGAGGCCUACAGGGUGCUACAAGAGUGCCAAAAGAAGUUGCCCCAGAUUCUCAGAUUAAUGGCGCUGACGGAUACGAGAAAAUGGCCAAAAGUCUUGCCACAAAAUAUCAAUACAACUCCAUCGAUGACGAAUCUAAAGGAGUGGUUGAGGGUUUAUCGGAUAUUCUUGAGGCAUCUGAAAUAUCAACCACCAGGGCAAAUGAGAAUAAGAAAACAGCGGUUGAUUGGCUUGAUGACAGCAACCAGAAAGGGAAUGAAGAAACAUUGAAGAAGAGCAAUAAAGCAGCUUUAAAAUGCCUGACAGGAGCAGAUCAGAUAGCGAGAGCACUAGUAAGCAGGAAAACGUCCGGUAACGAGCCUACAACUGUCAAAUCAUCAAAACUUCAAAUAGCUGUCCACAGAGAAGAACCUUCUAGCGUUAAGAGUAAAAGAUUUGAUAAGACUGGAACAAAGUUCGUCAUGCCUAACAGAGGGCUUGGUGAAAAAAUUGAGAACCUUGGCUUUGUCGAUACUAAGGUGUUGACCCUCCAGCAGUCGCCCUUUAAGACCGAAGGCAGUGCACCCAUUGCAAGUCCGGUGUCGAGCUUAGAGCUGCAAGAUCCUGCAGGCAAUGUCAUUGCUGUGAACAACCUUUCUCAUCCAAUCGCUAUAUUCCUAGAAAACACAGCCAACAACCAACGAAGCAUAAAUGGCCAGAUUGACGCAUGCGUAGAGAACAUUACUUYUUACARYAUAAAUAUCACKGAACCAAACAUAGCUGUCAAUCUAGAGGUCAACUGCUCCUCAUCAUGUACAGUGUUCUGGCAAAGAGGUCAAAAACCUACAUCGACCAAGUACGACUUGAGGUGGAAUAUCACCACCGGUGAAAACCUCAUGAAGGUCCUACUCAGCUGGAAGAAACAUUUGAAUGAAACAGGUUCCUUUUACUUGGGAAUAUCUCAUAAUAACUUGACCRACCAAUGGUGUGAUUCCCUGGAGCCUUUGAUGUAUAAUAUAACUUUGAAUGUAGUCAGCUGUAUGUACUGGGAUGAAAAAGAUGAACAGUGGAGCACGUAUGGAUGUCAGGUUGGCCCUGAAACCAACCAUCAGCAAAUCCACUGUUUAUGCAAUCAUCUAACCUGGUUUGGAGGUAAAUUCUUUGUACCGCCAAACAAACUCGACAUAGACAAAAUUGCGACAAUGAUCAAAGACCCUGUGAACUACGCCGCAGUGCUGUCCGUAAUGUGUACAAUCUGGGCAGUAUAUAUUUUGGUGGUUGUCUGGGCAAGACGAGAGGACAAAAAAGAUGAAUUAAAGGUUGGAGUGUGUGUCAGUCCAAGCAAUAAACCUGAAAAUAACUACAUCUACGAAGUCACUGUUACGACGGGAAUUCGAAGAGGGGCUGGCACGACGGCAARCACKGCUAUUAUAAUGUAUGGUGAGCUUCAUGACAGCGACCCCUACYUGUUGACAGACAUUGACACYCAUCGAACGCUACAGCGUGGRGUUAGCCAUACUUUCCUCCUCACCACUAAAGAAUUUCUUGGCCAGCUUGUGCACAUCAGAAUAUGGCACGAUAAUCGAGGACGAGACCCUGCAUUGUUUUUAAAACAAAUUUCCGUUCGUGAUGUUCAAAGUAAGAAGGURUUUCACUUUCUGUGCAAUCGGUGGUUUGCUGUAGAUGAGGGYGAUGGAUUGAUUGACCGMGUUCUUCCAGUAACCAGUGAUGAAGAAAUGGUGCAGUUUACACAAAUGUUUUUAAGCAAAACCAAGAAAGACUUGACGGAUUCUCAUCUUUGGUUCUCUGUAGUCUGGAGACCACCUCACAGCGUGUUUACCCGUGUGCAGCGAGUAUCUUGUUGCUUGUCUCUUCUUCUAUGUACCAUGAUGGCCAAUGCAAUGUGGUACAAGGCAGACGAAGGGAUGUACASUAAGGUAGAGCUCGGACCUUUAGAGUUCUCGUGGGAGCAAGUAUCAAUAGGAAUAAUGAGUAGCCUUAUYGUWUUCCCCAUCAAUGUUGCUCUGGUUCAGAUAUUUCGUCACAGUAAACUGCGAAAACUUCCUGAAAUCCCUAAAAAGAGYUCCCCUUUUAAAAGCAACAACAGGGUAUUGCCUUUCGAGUGUCUAAGCAAUGAAAAAUAUUCUCGUUUACGAGCUUCGUCAGUCCAAAUCGAUUUCAAAUCAGACAAUGAGRCCUCUCCGAAGCAUCGCGGGAUCUUUCCUGCUGUUCAGGCAGCAGCGGCUUCUCUAAUUUCRGCUAAUUUUCUCAAAAAMGACAACUCGGACAAACGAGAUCUUUUGCAAAGUGACGACAAUCUAGAGCAACCAAGCAAGAGCAAAAAGAAAGGUUUCGGCGGUUUGCCUUACUGGUUCCGCUACAUUGGUUGGKUGGGAGUUGGUACUACCUCACUCGCAGCAACAGUCGUCACACUGCUGUAUGGAAUACAGUUUGGUAAAAGAACAUCAGAGAAAUGGCUAUUGUCAAUGUUUGUAUCUGUCACCCAGGAUAUUUUUGUCAGUCAGCCAGUAAAAGUCAUAGCAAUUGCGGUUGCUUUUGCUUUUAUAAUAAAGAAACCACAGCUUAAUGAGAAAUCGACCAGUGACGACGACAAAGAGAAGAAGAAAUGGUUGAACAAGUGCAGCUCACCGGCGCAUUCAUCGAUGGUUGUGCAGGCCCCUCCAAAAAAACCUUCUGAAGAAACACUGGAAAUGGCGCGAAAAAGACUACAACAGGAAAAGCAAAUGGGUGUAAUACUAAAAGACAUCAUAAGCUAUCUGACUUUCAUGCUGAUAAUGUUACUGAUAGCCUAUGGCCAACGCGAUAAGAGCUCAUUUUUACAAAAGGAAUCCAUUGAAGGACUUUUAUUGCGAAGAAACUAUUCAGGACUUGGAAAGGGGUAUUUGCCGGAUCGUUUUGACAAGGCUCAUAAAAUUGCUGACAUGUGGAAAUGGUUGGAGAAUCUGGUUUUACCGGUUUUAUAUAAUGUCCCAUGGUACUUCUACUCUGGAAAACCUACUUCAUUAGUACAAGGAGACUCAGGAAUGGUUGUAGGUGUGGCUAGAUUACGACAAAACAGAGUGUCGAAAGGUGGCUGCAAGGUUAUUAAAGAUGCYAGUUCAGUUAUACCAACAUGUAGAGCUCCAUAUUCGACAGAUGACGAAGAUCAUAAAGACUAUGACCCAGGAUGGGUGACACUAAACUCAUCCAACGCCAUURAACUAGCUAGAACUACGCCUUGGCAGUAUAACAGCGCACGAAAACUCACUGGUUUUCCUUUUAAGGGUAACGUCGAGAMGUACUCGGGAGGAGGGUACGUUCUUACAAUGUCACGURUCUACUACAAGGCUCUAMAACAAUUACGCAAUGCAAAGGCAGAAUUGUGGGUCGACGUUUACUCCAGAGCAAUUUUCGUCGAAUUCAAUGUGUACAAUCCGUCGAGUAAUCUGUUUACUGCCUGUACUGUCCUGAUGGAGGUUCUCCCAACUGGGGGCUUUAUACUGAAACAUGAAUUUCUAACGUAUAGACUCUACCGCUAUGUUGGAGAUUUCCAGAUAUUCAUUGUUGCAAUGGAAGUUUUCUUUCUUAUGUUUAUCACAUAUUUUACAUAUCGAGAGGGUAAGAAACUGUACAUCCUGAGAUGGAAGUAUUUCAAAGAGAUGUGGAACUGGCUCGAGGUUAUCAUUGUGAUUUUAGCUUGGGCUUCUAUUGCUCAUUAUUUCAUAUGCUUUGGUAUUCGAAAGUGGACAUUGAAUCAGUACCAAGAAAACCCUGACGUGUUUACAAAUUUUCACUAYAUYUCUGCGUGGCAAGUGGUGUUUGAGAACCUUAUGGCCUUGACGGUCUUCGCGGGUUYCUUGAAAAUGGUGAAGCUACUAAGCUUCAAUAAAAGAAUAUAUCUCUUUGCGCACACUCUGCGGCAUGCUCUUCGAGAUAUCAUCAACUUCUGCUUUAUUUUCAUCAUUGUGUUUAUCGCAUUUUCACAAUUAUAUUUUUCCAUGCUUGGAAGYGAGUACCAAUCCUUUAGUUCUAUGGUUGGAUCAAUGGCCAAACUCAUGAGUGUCAUGCUUGGAAAGUUCAGUUUCGAGGAAUUCAUGAAUCCYUUUCGUACUCUUGGAGCGAUUUCUUUCAUUGCGUWCAUGUUUAUCAUGAAGUUUUUCCUUCUAAAUAUUCUUAUUGUCUUGAUUAUCGCUUCUUUUCAACAAGUGAAACAUUCCAACAAGAAACUGAGGAAUGACUUUGAGUUAAUUGACUUUGUUGUGGAGCAGUUUAAAUCAUURACUGGUAUACGAACUAAAUGGGARGURUCAAGCAAUGAAGAARAUAAAAAAGAACAAAAACGCGCAAAAUCSUUCAAAUUAUUCCAGGAAAMAKCWUUGAACACUGGGAAUGAGGAUAACAUGCAAGAACUUUAUCUUCGMGUUCGAAACCUGGAAAGACACUUUGGAAUUCAACACAUUUCAGAAACAUUUGAUGAGGUAGUAGAUCACUAUGUUAUGAGACACAUCGAGAAGAAGUUGGUUAGGAGGUUAUUGAAGAGUUGAAUGGGAAUCGGAUGGGAGGCUACACAGUAUAUCAUAUCAAUACAUUCUUCGUAAUUCAAUCUCGUGACAUCAACGAGGCUACUACCAUGUCAUAUGGGCCAAGACCUUUGUUAUUUUUUACAACAGAUGUUUGAAUGGC